CAAGUGGCUGAGAUAAUACCUCUUGUGCUUUUGGGAGGAUAAUGGCAACAAAGAUCCUAUCCCCACAUCCACACGCUAUCUACUCCUUCACCCUCCCUUCCAAGUUCACCAGCACACACACCUACCACCUACACCAGCCAUGGCUAGGUCGGGUCUCAACCCCUUCCAGAUCCCAAAGACAUCAUCUUCGUCGGCUGUCCUUGCAGCAAACCAUUGUGUCUUCUUCUGCUCUUAUGGACCAUCUCCAACAUUACCAACAAAACCCAGAUUCCAUGUUUUUUCUUGCAGAGGCUGCUGGCUAUUCAUUGUCUAGCUACUACACUUCUCUUGGUCUCUUUGUCAUCUCUGUUCCUGGCCUUUGGUCCCUCAUUAAACGCUCAGUUAAAUCCAAGAUAGUGCAGAAGACAUUCAUAGGGGAAGGAGCUGAGAAGAAGGCACCAAAUCAAGUUGCUGCAGAGAUUUUAUCUUUCUUCACUCGCAACAAUUUUGUGGUCACCGAUAGGGGAGAGACUAUCACGUUCGAGGGGAUGAUGGUUCCCAGCCGAGGACAAGCAGCACUGUUGACAUUCUGCACCUGCAUCAGCCUUGCAAGCGUUGCCCUUGUGCUCACCAUAACUUUUCCAGAUGUUGGAAAUAACUGGUUCUGGAUCACUGUUCUAAGUCCAUUGGCAGGAGCUUAUUACUGGAAGCGGGCAUCGAGAAAGGAGCAGAUCAAAGUUAAAAUGCUGGUUACUGAUGAUGGGACUGUGAAUGAGAUUGUUGUUCAAGGGGAUGACCAGCAAGUAGAUCAAAUGAGAAAAGAACUCAAGCUCAGUGAAAAAGGCAUGGUUUAUGUAAAGGGCCUAUUCGAGAGAUGACAAGAUAUGUGAUAUUGCAGAUUUUGACAGUUCAUUGAGAUGCACUCCACCUGCCUAUAUGUAUGCUUUAGCCAUAAAUUUAGGCUUCUGGGAGUAGACUGUCAUCUGUGUUACUUCACCUGCAAAUUUUGUUACAAUCUAUCUAUAAAUUAAAAGGUUGAAUUGUGUUGUAUACUGCAAA